GCACUGGCCGGCGCAGUGCGCACAGCCAUGCUCGGGAAAGUGACGCCAGCCGCCCCCCCUCUCAAGCUUGACUCGGAACUUCCGUACAGGAUAUCCUCGGACACUCUCAAGAAAGAGAGAAAGAUGACUAUGAUGGCCCACCAGUACCCUUCUUGGAUCUUCAUCAAUGAGAGGACAUUCAUUACCAGGGAACAACUUAAUUCUUUAUUGAAGACCUAUAACAUUUUUUAUAGAAACCAGAAAAAUCUGCACAUUUUAUGUGGACAGUCUGAAGAUGGCAAGCUAAUUGUUGAAGGAAUGCUGGACAUUUUCUGGGGAGUAAAACGGCCUAUACAGCUGAAAAUACAAGAUGAGAAACAAAUCCCUUCUUUUACUGCACUUAAGUCGCCAGACGUGUUUUCCUGCAAAGGGCGAAUGACACGCUGGGGGGAAUGUGAUGAUCUUUAUCAUAUUAGUGAGCUGGACAGGACCCAGAUUCCAAUGACUGAAGCAAACAACUCUCAGGAAGAUUCUUUUUUGUAUCACAGCAGUACUCUGAAGCCUCGUGCAGAUGAAGAGCCAGAAUCCCCACUGCUCUACAGAAGCAUGAGUGAAGCAACCCUGGUGAGGAAAAAGACUCCAAUAAUGGACAGAAAAGAUAGACAGAACCAUAGAGCCUCUAUUAACGGGCACUUCUAUGACCACGAAACAUCAAUUUUUAUUCCAGCCUUUGAAUCAGAAACUAAAGUCAGAAUAAACAGUAACAUGAGAACUGAAGAAGUAAUAAAGCAACUUCUCCAAAAAUUUAAGAUUGAAAAUAAUCCCCAGGAUUUUGCUCUUUACAUUAUUUUUGCAACAGGAGAGCAGAGACGACUAAAGAAGACAGACAUUCCACUACUGCAGAGGCUCCUACAGGGACCUUCGAAAAAGAAUGCUCGCAUUUUCCUCAUGGAUAAAGAUGCAGAAGAAAUUAGCAGUGAUGUGGCUCAGUACAUUAACUUUCAUUUUUCUCUCUUGGAAUCCAUUCUUCAAAGAUUAAAUGAAGAAGAGAAAAGAGAGAUUCAAAGAACAAUAACAAAAUUCAGAAGGGAAAAGGCUAUUAUACUGGAAUGUCUUCAAAGGAAACAAGUUGUAAAAACAGAGACGACAGUUUAGCAUUAUAGGUUGUUAUUGCUAAAAUGCUCCAACAGAGUUAGAAAGGCCUUACUAUUUGAUGAGUUCAUAAAUUCUAUACUGGCAUUCACACAAAUGUAUAUGACCUUGAAUCCAGAGAAAAUUGAUGUCAAAAAAAGUUGCCUGUCUUCGAAGUGAUGUGGUUAACUAGGGUUCACAGUUGGACUAAAAUGAGCUUGAAUUUAGUUUCAGUAACUGAAAUAAGCUUGGAUACUGUGUAUUCCAAAUAUCUUUUACAGUAAACAUCCAAUGAACUUGAAUUUAAAUGCAAUCUUCAGAUAUCAUGCAGUUUAAACUUCUUGUAGCUGGAACUCUCAAGAGAACUGAAAUAUCAUCAACUGACUCUCAGAAAUGACUCAGAAGUAAAAGCUGCCAGCUCCUGAAAUAAAAAAGAAGCACAUUCUUUUACACCACCAAGGAAUCUAAUGGUUUCAGUGUUUCACAGCUACUUGAAAACCCUGGCAUCUUCAUAAAAACUAGGGCUGACUUUAUACUACUAGGUGACUUUUGGCUAUCUGUAACAUCAGAGCUACCUGUCCUAAGGGAUGGAAUGGAUUCUGAACACUGGUAAGAAAUCCAAAUUCUAAUUUUCUCAACCUGACACCUUCUCUUUUUUUGUACUGUUCUACCGGUGACUCUAAAAAGUAUUCAAAAAGGCUUAAAAAAAAAAAAGUCAGAUGAACUAUUUACUUUUUUAUUUUUUCAAACAUACCACAGAGGCCUAAUAUAUUUCAACAGCUAGGACAGUACUUGGCCCACAAUAACUAUUUGUUGUUGAAUGAAUAUAAUGAAUAAAGCAAAGCUGUUGUAACUGAAGCCAGGCAGGGAAUUUGGAACUGGCCGUCUCAGCUUUCCUCUUAUUCUACAAGACAACUCUCAAGGUACUUCCUCAAAUGUCUGCAAGUCUGCGAAACCCAUUUGAAAAAAACACUGAGAAUGAAAAGAUGCCAAAAGUAUCAUCCCUGAUUUUAUUUAUGGCCUCUAUAUUAAAAAUGGUGUUUCAAGUAACAUUCUUCUAUUUUUUAAACUAUUUUCAUAGCAUUGCAUUAGAGUGAUUAUGUUACAUGUGCUAAGGAAUACGGUUGUAUGUAAUAAAACU